AUGGGCAUUGAAGCUGAAAAUGUGAGCACAAUAAUAGCAGGAGAAGAAAUUAAAUUUGGGAAAUCGAUUCCAGUAGAUAGCGUUCAAGAGAUUGUGAGGAAAGACCCUGAAAACAUCCCAGAGAUAUAUUUAAGAGAAAUGCAGGGUUCUGUGGUGCCUCAUCUUUCUUUGGAAAUACCUGUAAUUGAUCUGUCAUUGCUUUCUGAAGCUGAUGAAGGCGAGCUCAGCAGGCUCGAUAUUGCUUGUAGAGAAUGGGGAUUCUUUCAGGUAAUCAAUCACGGAAUAUCACCUGAGGUGCUUCAAAAUCUGAAGAGUGUUGUAUCCAAAUUUUUUGAGCUUCCAUUUGAGCAGAAGAAGAAAUAUUCGAUGGCAACCGAUGACAUUCAAGGGUACGGGCAACUCUAUGUAGUUUCUGAACAGCAAAAGCUAGAUUGGGCAGAUGUAUUUGCUCUGCUAAUAUAUCCUAUGAAGCUCAGAAAUAUGAGUUACUGGCCCUCGGAACUGACUUCAUUUGCCAUCGUGUUAGAAUCUAGCCUUGCUAUUUCUUCAAAAGUUAAUACUUCAUUGCUUGCGCCUUUCACAAUUGGCAUUCAAAUAAGCAGAGAAGCCGUUGAAGUGUACUCGAUGGAAGCUAACAGGGUAUCAAAAGAGCUCAUCUCAGCUAUAUCUAAGCUAAUGGGAAUGGAGAAAGAUGAGCUAUGGAGGAUUCACAAUGAAGUGAUGCAAGCCAUGCGUGUGAAUUAUUACCCUACGUGUUGCAACCCUGAUAAAGUUGUAGGAGUGAGCCCACACUCUGAUUCCAGCACCUUAACUGUAUUGCUGCAAGAUGAUGAGGUUACUGGCCUCCAAGUUAGGCAUCAUGGUGGGUGGGUCCCUGUGAAGCCAAUACCAAAUGCACUUGUGCUGAAUGUUGGCGAUGCUCUUGAGGUGUUCAGCAACGGAAGGUACAAAAGCAUCGAGCACAGGGCAAUGACGAACAAGAGCGCGCCGAGGAUUUCAAUAGCCUCGUUCAUCUGUCCGCAGGAUAAUGUGGAGCUCAUGCCGCCGGACGCCGGAGCCCAUCGCCGCCACCGGCAUAAGCCCAAGUACAAAAAGAUUGCCUACGGAGAAUACCUGAGGAGCACAAUGAGGAGAAAAUUGAAUGGAAAAUCAAAUAUCGAACUUAUAAAGCUAGACGAAGAGUGAAGCUUGGCGGAUAGAUUGAAAACCUUGGAGCUGAAUUAUUGUUGGUUUAAUGGUGUUUUAUGAUUUAUGAGCUUGACAUGCAUAUGUGGUUGAAGCAAUAAUACUGGGGGCAAGAUUAUUAUUAUUUUUUACUUCUUUUUUCCCCAUCAAUCAUGUUUUAUUAUAUUAUUAUGAGGUUUUGCGUGGUCAACGGUCAACGCGUUACAAGCUCAUCUUACGUGUUGGGAAUUUACGCCAAAACCUCUAAACAGCAGAAACGCGGAGGUUCGGCAACUGCCUACGUCCUCGGGAGCCACACAGUAAAUUUCUUAUUUAAUCAAACAAGAAAUUACAAAG